AUGACCAUUUUUGCCAAUUCCCUUUUGCUCAUAGCAUACUUGAUAUACCUCCUUCUCAUUGCAUUUCUACUCACUAAAGAAACUUAUUCAGUCGUAAUAAAAAAAUCAAGUUUUCUGAAAACAAAGCAAGAUGGAAAUUACAAUUUUGUAAAGAAGCUUUUUAAGAGAAGGAAUUUGUUUCAAGCACUGGAGUCUAAUGGGGAAGAAAACAGAUGUGUAUGGAGAAAAAAAUCACACUACUAUCACCAUCAGGAUGGGAAAAACAAAAAAGGGAGUAAUCACCAGUACUGCCAUAACUCUGAAUUUAUUGACAAGUUUAAUAAAAGGAACUUUUUUAUUAAACCAUCUUUUUCUGCAAAAUGUAAGCAGAGUAAAUUAUGGACAGAGAGGAAUGAACAGGGGAUUGUACACGAAGAAGAGAUUUUAGAAAAGGUAGAUUCUAUAGAUGCCCAGAUUGGUAAUAUAGUGUGUGAAAGGACAAAUGAUUCGACAUUGCAAAGGAUGAAACAAUCACAUGAUUAUAUUGGACAAACGACAAAUAAGAACGAGUUCGAUCUUGUUAAUGAUUACAUUUUAUUAAAAAAAAACAGAAAAACUAUAAAAGAGCUAAUGGAAGAAGGUAUUUGGGGUGCACCAAAGGAAAAUAUCAAAAUGAUAAGAGAAAGAACUAACAAAAAAAUUAAUUGGAAUUAUAUACUUAAAAAAAAUAAUGAAUUGCUGAACGAUAAUGUGGACAAAAUAUAUAAAGGCAUAUACAAUAAAGAAAAUAUUGAAGACAUUUUUUUCAUAUUUGACACCAAUCCUUAUAAUUACUUAAACAUCACCAUGAGUGUGUUUUCAUUGUAUAAGUUCACCACAGCAUAUUUAAAUGAAAGGAAAAUAAGGAUGAAUUCUUCUUUUAAGGGUAAGAAGGUAAGUUUACUAGGAUCAUCGCAUAACUCAGAUAAGAUUUGCUCUUGUGGUGUUGAGGAAGAAAAGUUAUCUGUCACGGAUCAUACAAAUAAGGGUAUGUUAACAUUUGGUUAUGAUGAUAACUCAUAUGAAGAGGUAGACGAUGGGGAUAUACUUAAAAUGAAAGAAGAAAGGAAAAGACUGUAUUACAUUACAAGGAAUAGAAAUUUUUUGAGAGUAGUAGGUAGUAUUAACAAACAUUUAAAAAUUAUAUAUAAAAUAUUUUCAACAAAUGAAAAAUUAACAAGUUAUGAAAAAAAUAAAGAUAUGUAUAAAUUUAUUCCAUACAUAAAUAUUAAGGACAUCAUAACCAUUUUGAAGUGUUUUUGCAUUUUAAAAUAUGAUCAUACAAAUAUUUUUAAGUAUAUAUAUUUUUUUCUCGUUUUCUUUAUGGAUAAAUUUGACAUGACUCUCCUUUGUGAAGCUGUGUAUCUUUGCAAUAUUAAGAAGAUUUAUAUCAAGUCUCUUUUCCUGAAUUUUUCCAAACAUCUCUUGGCGUACUUACAGAGGAUUUCACUUACCCCUAGUCGAAAUGAUAUCGAUCUGAUUAGUGAGAAUUUUGGGGACAAGGUCCAUCCCAAUAUUAACAAUCGUGAUGAUGAUUUGGAUAAGGUGGAAUCCAAGGGAGAUGCAGAUUCAGAGCGACGAGAAAGAACAGCGGUGACAGAUGAAUCUUUGGUUAAAUCUCAUGUAGACUCAAAUGAGGAUAUUAAAAAAGUUAACUCUGAGGAGUGCACAUAUUCACUAUAUGACCAAGUGAACAUUGAUAAUUUUUACAAAAACAUGAAGAAAAACAUGAAUAAUGAAAACCCAGAACCGGAUAUUUUUAUUUCUUCUCCUUUUCACAUGAAAGAUUUAAUGUACUCUAUAUACCACUUGGCUAAUUAUUCCUGCUUAGACAGUUCACUAGAUGACUUAGAAAAAGAAAAGGCUUACGCAAAUGAGCACGUAAAAAAGUACGGUCCGGAGGAUUUGAGGCAUACCAGGAUGAGGUUUGUUGAAGGUUCUCAAAUGAGCCCCUCUCCCAUAACUGGUGAAUCACUGAAUGAAGCGACAAAGCAUGAAUCCACAAAGGAGGAGAUAAACGAGCGUGGUGAGGCGAGGAGACGACCCGUGAACCUUUACGCAUACUGUUUGUGUACCCUUUGCAAAUUUCCAUACACGAAUUUAAGCAUCCUUAACAUCAUUGCUUCUGAAGUUAUGAAAAAUGCAGAUGAACUGAGCAUAGAAGAGCUGAUUCUCUCAUUUCAUAGUUUAGCAACGUUAGAAUUUAAUUCGACAAAAUUGCUGAAUAUCCUUUUUGUGUCAAUCAUUAAGAAAUUGCACUUGUUGGACUACAGGAAUAAUCAGCUGAUUGUGAAACUUGUGAGAGCACUUUACCUGUUGGAUGAGGAAUUAUCAGAAGAGAGAGGGGACUGCAAUAGCCGAAUUGAUGAGAAACAACCAAAGAAUUUUACAUCUCGUUUGAAACAGAUAAAAACAUUGAUUCUUUAUUUUCUUUCAAAAAUGAUUCUAAAAAAUCGAAACAAUUAUACGCCAAUCGAAUUAGUUGAUAUUAUACGGUAUAUGUCAGCACUAACGUACAUCGAUAAGGAACUUUUCAAUUUUGUAUAUGACUUGCCAUUUCUGAAAAGUUUAAACGAAGAGACAUUAAAUCAUUACAAGAACAGUGUUUACUUUAAUCAGUCUUAUUAUGCUUAUACCAAAGAUAGUAGUGUUAAUACCCCUAUAGAAAUUAUGGUGUGUAAGUUGUAUCAAUCCUAUCUUUCAUACAGCAUGUAUACAGACACUCAUAGUGAUAGAGAAGUAGAGGAAUCUACCAUUAUACAAAGAAUUCAUGCAGAAAAUGACAAAGUAAAGACCUUUCGAUUUGGAGAAGAACCAUUGAAGUUAUUUAAACAAACAUACCUUAAUAACAUGCGAAUAAUAUCUUAUAGUUCCUCCUCUUUACAUUAUGAAAUUGCUGAUAUUAUUCAAAAGGAUUUAAAGAUUCCAUGUCACGUGGAAUACAUAACGGAGAAUGGACUACUUAUUGAUAUUGCUAUACUGCGUGAUGACUUGAUAAAUAAUAAUUACUCAUUCAAAAAUUUUCAAAACAUAGCUAUAGAGGUUAAUGGCCCCUUUCACUACAAGACCAGGUCGUACAGGGGUGGCUAUCCUCCUCUAAAUACCAAAACGGUUGUUAAACGGAGGUUGCUCGAACAUGACAAGUGGCAAGUCAUCUCCCUGCCCUUUUGGGAAAUAAAGCCAUGGUUCAGCAAGAGCAGAAAGGAAAAUUUUAUUCUGCGGAUGCUUCCAGAUAAUUUGAAAUCCUUUUUUAAUAAAAACAACUGA